AUGGAUUCAGCCCCAGCUUCAGCUUUCACAAAAGAGAAGACAUUCAGCUCAUACAAUGAACAACAAGGCAAGGCUUACGCCCAAGCCCGCCCAGACUACCACCCUAGUCUCUAUGAAACCGUCAUAAACCAUCACACCUCAACCGGCGGCCAGCUGGAAACUUUACUAGAUCUAGGCUGUGGCCCCGGCAAUGUCGCCCGUGCUAUCGGCACCCAAUUCACCCAUGCGAUAGGACUUGAUCCUUCAGUGGGCAUGAUAGCGACAGCCCGAUCCCUAGGCGGCAAAACCUCAACAUCAGAACCAAUCCGGUUCGAGGUAGCCACGGCCGAAGACCAAGGCGCGAACCUCUCGCCCCCAAUUCAAGAUGCCAGCGUUGAUCUCAUCACGGCCGCAAAUGCUGCACACUGGUUCGAUAUGUCGCUCUUCUGGCUAAAUGCUGCUCGUGUACUUAAGCCCGGUGGUAGUGUUGCAUUGUGGGUCAGUGGGAGAUUGCGCCUUGAUACAUCCGUACCUAACGCUGCUGCUAUCCAAGCUGCUUUGGAUGUGGUUGAAGAAGAAGAUCUGUCGCCAUUCUUUACGGAUGGGAACUUAAUGACUCGUAAUCGAUAUGCCGAUCUCCUUCUCCCGUGGACAUUGGAACAGCCAGUUCCACAAUUUGACGAGGGUUCGUUUUUCAGGAAGAAUUGGGAUACUGCUGACGACUUCUUCGCGUAUAACACCGAGGUGAAUCUGGAUACUUUUGAGCUGUUAGCUGCGACGACGAGUCCGGUUACUCGGUGGCGCGAGGCACAUCCUGAUCUUUGCAGUACUGAGAAUGAUGUGAUUAAAAAGUCACGCAUUAUGAUUGAAAGGCUUCAGCAGGAAGCCGGAGUUGAGAAAGGGAAGGAAUCGAUUAAAGUCGCUAUGCAGGGAGCAGUUUUGAUCAUCAAAAAACGUGAUUAA